UAAUUCGAAACUGAGCGACGGUCUUGUAGUUUUCUGUAACGGCUUUACGGUGUUUGAAAGAACCGUCUGUACCUGUUUCCGUUAGGCAGACGUAUGUCAGGGUAUAAUGGAGAGACGGUGGAAUCUGAGGAUUCUUGUGAGUCCGGUGAAGAGGACCGCGAGAGAGAGCAGCCAGCUCCUGAGCCUCCAGCCCCGGCCCCCGGCAGCCAGGAGCAGGAACAGGCCCAGUGGAGUGAGAUGGAGUCAGCGGAGUUUGACACAGACCUGGAGAAGGAAGACGAGACCACUCACACACAGAGUCCCUUCCGCACAGAGCAAUACCUGCAGGCCUGUCGACAGACAGGGGCCGUCCCCAUUUCCUCUUUCAUCCGCCAUGUGAACGUGGCCGUUCUAAACUUGAACCACUAUGAUAUGGGACCGCUGGAUGUCAAAUCUCUGUCCAUAGCUCUGCAAAGUGACAAUGUUGUUACCCACCUUAAGCUGGAGGACAACAACAUUCAGGCUGAAGGAGCACACUACCUGAAGAACAUGCUUCAAGAAAACAUUGCUAUUCAGAGUCUUAAUCUUGCCAACAACCAUCUUGGACUUAAAGGAGUGAGCAUCAUCUCCAAAAUGCUAUUAGACAACUAUAAUGUCAAAUCCAUCAAUCUUUCAGGGAACGACUUUGAUGACUCUGCUGCUAAGUGCUUGGUGGAAUCUUUACAGGGUGAUUAUAUGGUCAAAGAGCUGGAUCUGAGUCACAACAGAUUCUGUGAAGCGGGAGGAGAACACCUUGGUCACAUGUUAGGCAGUAAUAUGGGUAUAGAAGUCCUAAAUCUGAGCUGGAAUCAUCUUCGUAUGCGCGGUGCUGUGGCUCUGUGUGGCGGCCUGAAGGUAAACUCCACUCUGAAGGAGCUCCAGCUGGUGCACAACGGUUUCGGCCACUUUGAGGCGGAGGCGCUGAGCCAAGCUCUGAAACAAAACAGCACGCUGGUGCUGCUGGACCUCCGGAGCAACAGGAUGGACGACCAGGCCGUGACCUCCAUCUGCCAGGGCCUGUCCGGCAACAGCACCCUCAAGGUUCUGAAGUUGUCUCAAAACCCGAUGACGAGCGCUGGAGCUCUGACGCUGCUGAAAACAAUCAAAAACACAACAAACUCGGCUGUGGAGGAGAUUGACAUUUCUAGUGUGUUUGUGUGCGAGACCUUCCUAGAGCUGCUGCAGGAAGCCCAGCAAAAGCAUCCGGCUCUGCACGUCCAUUACAGCGUAAUGAGCUCCCUCACCAGGAACCUGUCUGCCCUCCACAUUUUUAAGAAAUUCAUCGAGGAGAAAAAGAAGAGUGAGGUGGAUUUUUUCCAGGCUCUGGAUAAAGAGCAAACCAUGCAAGUCUCCACCUCUGCGUUUAGGAAGGCUGCAAAGGAUGCUAACGUGCCUCUCACUCAACGACAGCUUGAGUGGCUGAUCAAGAAGUUAGACAAAGAUUGCACAGCCACCAUAAACUAUAGUAAGUUUUUCUGAGCUGUCCAAGAUGCUGCAAACGCCAUGGUAUGUGACAUUAGUUCAAAACGUCAAUAAAAUAAGGUCC